AUGACCGUGGAAGGAGAUACUGUGACGUUCUCUUUUGAGAUGAGAAGCGGACGCGAGCACAACACCCCAGAUAAAGCCAUGUGGGGUUUCUCAUGCACUGUUCGAGCGCAGGAGUCGUCUGAGGAUGUGUCCGGCGGGCUGCCCUUCCUGGCUGAUCUAGCUCUGGGUUUAUCUGUGCUGGCCUGCGCCAUGUUACGCAUCCUCUAUAACGGCCCCGAUAUCACACGAGAGGAGGAGGCCUGCCACGACCUGCUCUGCUCCAAACUACUGCAGAGGUGUCAGUGGCAGGUGGAGGCUAAUGGUGCAAUCUCUCCUGCCCUCACGCCGUCUCCGUCUCCUCUACCUCUCACCAUUGAUGAGGAGCGAGAGUUCACCUAUCCUUCAGACGUCCUCAUGCCGGGGGCUUGCUGUGAGCUCCCCCGCAUCCACUUACCCCCGGGCAUUAUGGGCCGCCUGAGGGAGCUGUCUGGGAGAGGCCGGCCUCAGUUUCGCCCCAGCAUCAAAGAGGUGAUGCGUCCUGAUGUGAUGGAGGAAGUGAUCGUGUCGUGCGUCGUAAAGCACCUGGGUCUGGUGGAUGCGCUGCAGUCGCUGGUGAACUUCCAGUACAGAGAGAUGCACAGAGAAGAGCACAACCUGCUCUGCAAAAUCAUGGCCGAGACCUUCAAGAAGAUCAAUGCAAUGGAGAGACAGUUACAGAGUGUAGCUGAACUGGAGCAGAAGUGGCAGAAUGAAGCAGAAGAAGCUCAGCAGGGCAAACUGGAGAACAACUCUCCCUUCUUCCACGACUAUCACUUCUUUGAGAACAAAAUGAAGGAGCUGGAGCUUCUGUGUUCACUGAAGGAGGUUCCUCUGGAUUGCACGGAUCCAGAAAACGCUGUGAUGGCUCUGAG